CAGAACCAGGUCUGGCUGUGCUGACUCCUGCGCUGCAUUUUCGCUCACAGGAGAGAAGAGAAACUUAUCUGCCGUCUCCCACUCGGACUUCUUGCUUGUUUUUGCGUGUGCGCGCGUGUGCGUGUGCGUGACACCUAUGGCACACCAUUGAGCAGGGUGAAGACGUCCCUGGAUAUUUAGACUCCCGUUAACCCUCCAAGGUGUAUGGAAAGUGCUCCUGGAUGGACCUGGGCGAAACCGGCUGGUCCAUGGUCAAGCGAGAAGCCUCCAGCAGCCCAGGGUCGCCGGCCGAGCCGAGCUACCUGCCCGGUGGUGACAGCCGAAGGAGCGGCGCGCACACCCCGGACGAGCUGAGGACUUCCCCCGGCGACCUUGACCCGCUGGGCGGCAGAACACUCCAUCCUUACGCCCACUUCGGACACCACAGCAACCACCUGUGCGCCGGCGAGGACGUGCCACUCUUUACGGAUCUAGACCUGCAGGGCAGCAAGCUGGUUCUGUCCGGAGGCGCGCACAAGGCUGCCGGCCUGCUGGUGGACCCCUCCGACAUGUACCAGACCCUCGCCAUCGCCGCCGCGCAGAGCCAGAGCGGAUAUGAUUCCUCCAGCGGCGGUUAUAUGCACUCCAGCCCCAACUCCCCCGUGUACGUGCCGAGCUCCAGGGUGGGCUCCAUGAUCCCCAGCCUGUCCUACCUGCAAGCGGGCGGCGGCUCCGCGCAGCCCGGCCACGCCGUCUCCAGCCACUCGGUGUGGUCGCAUUCUGCCCCCGAGAGCCCCUCGUACAGCACCGGGAGCCCCCACGCGUCCGGCCGCUUCCACUACCCUCCGAGUCCGCCCAUGAACAACGGCACCGGCCGGGACAUUGCCUACAGCAACACACUGAAUGUGGCCAACCGGGCCGAGCAGUACGGCCUCUCCCGGCCACUGAGCGGGGCCUACCCGGGGCCCUACUCGCCCUAUGUGGGCCCUCAGCUCUCCCAGCUGCCCACGCCUUGGACCGGGGGGCCUUUUGACAACAGCAUGCUGCACACCUUGCAGAGCAGGGGGGCACCUUUGAUCCGUGGUCCCAAUGGAGUUUCUGACAUUCUGGACGACAUGGGGGAGAGCAGGGAGUGUGUGAACUGUGGCUCCAUCUCCACGCCGCUUUGGAGGCGUGAUGGCACCGGACACUUCCUGUGCAACGCCUGCGGUCUCUAUAGCAAGAUGAAUGGCCUCAGCAGACCACUCAUUAAACCGCAGAAACGCACGUCCACAUCCAGAAGGAUCGGCCUGUCUUGUGCCAACUGUCAGACCAGCACUACGACACUUUGGCGCAGGAACGCAGAAGGAGAGCCAGUUUGCAACGCCUGUGGUCUCUACACUAAACUACACGGGGUACCUCGACCACUGGCCAUGAAGAAAGAAGGUAUCCAGACCAGAAAAAGAAAACCUAAGACACUGAAUAAAGCUAAAGGAGUCUCAGGAGGUAACAACUCUGUGUCCAUCACGCCAACAUCCACGUCCUCGUCCAACUCGGAGGACUGCUCAAAGACCAGCUCUCCGUCCACGCAGGUGUCUGGGGUCAGCUCGUCCGUGCUGCCCACCUCGGGGGAAGGCUCGGUCCUCAAGUACCCGGGAGCGGACGGUCUGUACGGCGGCCUGACUCAGACCUCAGACGUGGCCUCAGUGAGGGGGGAGCCUUGGUGUCCCAUGGCCUUGGCUUGAGGAUGACUCUUCCUUCUGGUAUGGAAGUGGGCGAUGUUUGAUUCUUUGCUCUCCCAGACACUUCCUCUGAGCAAGGCAUGGAGUAGCUAGCGUUGGACCUUUUAAGGAGGAGAAUCCUCCUGGAAGCAGGACCAGGAUGAUCCAUUUUGGAUGCAAAGAACCAAUCAAGGAUUUCCUCUGCAGGCUUUGGAGAGCAGUGUUGAAACGUCAUCAUUCGUCUUUCUAAGGAUACUUGGUCCCUUUUUUUUUGUUUUCUUUCCACAACUGGAAUCACAUUCGCCUUCAAGUGCCGACUUUUAUCAAUCAGAAGAGAAUAUUUAUGACUCUCCCCUUGUUGUAUGAUUGGAAUAAAGUGAUGGAAGUAGAGUAGACCGUCAA